AUGGUCAAUCCGACAUUUCACCUGCUUCAGGCCACCCAGAUGGAGCUCGACAACCUUGCCUCCACCCUUACGACUGCCAGCCGCUACCAUGAUCUUCUUCCCUGUGCCCUGCCACAUCGCAAACCGCCGCCGACCACCACCCGAGUCUGUGCCCAAAGCAUAAGGGGCGUGGGAGCUCAGGUCAAGUCGCGAUUUGUCAGACUUUUAAAACCAAAUGUUACACUACUUCACACUUUCCUUCACGCCCUCUUCACACACACACGCUCUCUCUCUCUCUCUCUCUCUCUCUCUCUCUUUGCUCGCGCGCCCACAACUGGACGAUGGCUUCCAGGUAGCCAGGUUCCUUCCAACUUGCUCAAAGAAUUCAAUCAGUACAGCGGGUCCAUGCGCAUCGUUGGCCGGGAUGAAGAACACAAUCUUCAAUGGGAGCGUCUACUUGGCAACCAGGAGACAAAAAUCAAUGAAUGGUGCUCCCUGUGUCCGAAUUUGCUGGCCAUUGCAGGACCUCGUCGUCUCGUGUGUUCCAAGUGCAACACCCAAGCUGCAUGCCACGACUGCAUCACCAAUCGUCUCAACUACAGUGAAGAGAAAUAUCGCAUCUGCACCACCGAGUGGAAUUGGGAAUGCCUCGAGUGUCGGAGCUGCUACGUCUGUGGGAAAGAUUCAGAGUCGGUGCUUCUUUGUGAACGCUGCGAUCGCGGCUUUGACUUGGCCUGCGUGUAUGAUCCACCCCUUCCAACGCAAGCCGACUAUUGUCCUACUUGUCUGGACGUGCUUGCGGGCAAGCGAACCGCCAUCAACAAUCCCAACCCCCCCCUGCGCUUGACUUUGUCCUUGCAGCAGCCCAGGGCCACCAAACUCCUGGGAACACCAACUCACAAGGCGCCUCCAAGUAAGACAGCUGCCUCUUUACCCCGCGCGGUGUCUUCGGCGACAAAAAGCGUGCUCAGCCGAGGUCGAGCCAUGGUUGCCGGCCGACGUGCAGCGGGCCCCGUGACCAUUGACUCGGCCGAAGGCGAUGGGCCAGAAGAGGGUGAAUUUGAGGAGGACGAAGCAGGAUCCAUGGCAGAUGUGGGUGCGGAGAUGGACGGAGAGGCGGGGUCUGUGGAAGAUCAUCACGAGGCGUCGACUGUUUUUGUUGAGGACACUAGUAGUUCAUAUGAUGAUCGCAGCGAGGUGGAGACGGUGGAUGUGAAUAAUAAUGUACAGCCGUGGAGUGCGGCUGAGGAGGAUUUCCUGGUGUCGAGUCCCGUCAAGACCGAGGAGAAGCUCUCUGAGCCGCCUCAUACUGCUCACCGGCUCGACCUGCACCAAAAGUCCAGAGUGCGGGGGGUGGCAGAGUCGCCCUUUGAACGCGAGGCUCGGUUCGAGCAAGAGCGACCGGCUGCGCUGCACCAUGGCAAGCGGCCACCUGUAUACCUCGAUUCAGACUCCAGUCACGAUUUGGGUGACGAAGAGGUGAACGGUGGGCCUCAUCGGACCAAGCGCCUACGCGCGCCGCCGCGUAAACGACGCCACAGGGCACCACAACCCGUCACUCAACAAACUGUUGCUACCUCGCCCCGGCCGGUUGAGAAAAGCUCUGUGGGCACCUCCACUGAGGCCAUGUUUGCAGGCACUGAUGCUGGGCCCUUGUGCAUGGUUCCGGUGGCGUUGGUUCGAGAUUUACGUGAGGCGCACGACUUGUUGGCGCACGACCGAGCCGGUGCGCUCAAGCGGUUCCAAAUUCGGUCUGAAACUGACCCGGAGCGCUUCCAGGACCAUUGGCAUUGGCUGCGCCAUUUGUUCACCGGCCGAAUUCAGAACAACCCGGCUUGGCAGUCUUUGGCUGCCAUAGAGUUGCCUUCGCGGCCGGCCACGCCACCAACGCCAACGCCAACCUCACCCCAAACAGCUCAGGAAUCUUGA